CACGGCGCGAAAAGUUGUUUACAUUUAGAGGGACGAAACUGAUCUUUUGUUCGAUUAUCCAGAUAAGCAAAAUGGCUGAUAUUUCAUUGCCAAAUCAGUCGGAAUCAUCAAAAAGUAGAUCGUACAUGAGAAGAACUUCUGACAGGAACAAGUAUUUGAAGGAUGGUCCACUGAGUCCACUACGAAGCCCUCUUCGAGAAGACAGAAUGUCUAACACAAGAAACAAUAGAUUCCAGGGCCGUAAACGUAACCUUGACACCCAGAGUCCCCGUGGAAAGAGGCCUUCUACAGUGGAGAAGCUGCUUCUGCCACUACCAGACGAGGCGUGGACCCCUGAGGGCGGUCAAAAGUUUUCCAGUGCCCAAGACUGGUCGGAGCAGAUAGAUCAGGAGCAGCGGCAGGAAAGAUCACGUAGAAAGUUAGAUCUUCGUGAAAAGAUCCAAAGUUCCAUGAACACUCGAUCAGGUGACUUGAGAGAUAAAUUGGAUGCCAAGAGAGAUAAAUUGGAUGCCAAGUUGGUGUCUAACCAACAGCAAAACGAAUCCCAGAAGAAAAGUUUUGUAGAGCACGAGACAGAUGAGCAUGUGCUGAUGAGGAGACAGAAGGACAUCGACUACGGCAAGAACACAGUGGCCUAUGAUCGAUACUCCAGCAUGAUUGACCAGAGCAAGAGAGUGCGUGGUGUCCACCCUAGGACUCCUAACAAAGUCCUGAAGACCAGCCGGAGGUCGUGGGACAGCCAGGUGCGCACGUGGAGACGUCUGCUGCACCAGUGGGACCCACCCAGUGAGGGAGACAGCAACUGUUUCAGCUCCCUUGGCAGUAUCAGCCAAGAGCCUGAUAACAUGGAUGAUGAAGACGUAGACGACAAGUCCUCUGUCAAUGUCCCCACACUGCGGGCAGGACACUUCACCUUUGCCUCUUCCACUGCCCCUAGGGACCCUGACUCCUCGGCCGCAAUGCUGACCCGUAUCAAACAGGAGCCCUGUGGUGUCAAACAGGAGCCCCUUGAUACCUGCAUCCAACAAGAACUUGUAGACACCUGCGUGAAACUAGAACCAGUGGAUCACACUUACAGUGAUACAGAAGAUAUGGACACAUUUUAGUGUUACAUUCAGAUCCUCCUAUUUAUUACAUGACUUCAUGCAUUUACAUGUAUUUUAUCUUCUUUUGCUUGCUUGACUGUUGUAUGAUAAGCUGAAUGUACUUAGCAGUUUGUGUGGCUCACCAAGAUGCAAUCUGGUGUUCAAAUCAAUCCUAUAUGUUUGUCAUAUUUAUUGUGUCUGUGUAUUUAAUAGAUGGUUUGGUAGAAUUAUAAACUAGACCUACAUUUUAAUGAUUUUAAUUUGAGGUUCUAAGAAUUCUAAUUUAUUUCCAGUCAUUUAUCUGCUGAUAGCUUAGUACACACAAAUUGUGCCGAUAUUCAUGAUCUUUUGUUUGCUGAGAGCAUACAUAAACACGAUAAAGCAAUAAUUCAAAAUCUAUUUUAAUUAGCAUUAUCAUUGGCAGUGCUUUGUUAGAUUCAUAAUCUUUUUUAUACACCAAAACACUUCACAUCUUGAUACUCUUGCAAAUGUAGUUUGCUUGGGGAUAGAUUUGAGUCACUCGGUGGUUAAGUCAGCAUAAACUUUAUAAAUCCUUUCCCACUCAGAAGUAAAGUGAAAAUGGCUAUAUUCAACCAGCAAGUCGCAGUCUGUUCAGGUCUUAUGCUGUUUACUGCUUAUCAGUACCUUAGUGUAAAUAAUGCAGCAUUUAACUUGUGAAAUUAACAAGAAAAGUCUUUGAUUUAAUUGGAUUUUUAAGGGACUACAAAUGGGUCAAACUUAAUAUCUAAGUGGUAAAGGGUUCUGUAAUUAAGCAAGUUCUCUGGGAUAUCACCAUCAAAGUGGUGCUGGGUAUGAAGUCAUGUCUGUGACAAAUCCCUAGUUUUUUAUUUAAUUUUAAUUCCUUUGAAUUAUGGGAACGUUUAUAAUUAUACUUGAAGAAAUUAUUUAAUCAUUUAAGACAUUUUAGCGGGACUACUGAAAUGUCCAAGGUAAUCUACUGGCCCUUAUUUGAUGUCUGUGUUAUACUUUAGUUGAGGUUGAUGUGCAACAUCUCUUUAUCACUGAUUUCACUAGAGAUUUUCAAUCAAAACUUAACAUAUAACUUUGGGAUGAUUGAAGUCACUAAUCUGCACUAAAGAAGAAUUAUGCCCCCUUUUUGUACUUGAAAAUUUAAUUUAAGUAAAAUUGCAACAUCCUGUCGCAAUUUCUAGUGUAGGUAUUCAUUUGAAACUUAAUUCGUGUUUGUUUAGGGUCAUUUUGUGAGAUACUGAUCAUGUUACAUAAUUUGACUGCAAUUAAGCAGAAUGUAUGUUUCUUUUUUGUAUAUUGAAAUGAUGUUUAGUUAAACAUGCAUUAUCUCCGUAUCACUGUUUCUACUGAUGGUAUUGAAAUCUCAGGAAACUGACAGAAAAUGUACAUUAUACUGAAAAGAUAUAUGAACACGCUGCUUUGGAGAGCGCUGAUUAUUUUUUACAUUAUAUCAUAAUGUUAUCAUUUAUGCUGUGCUCAUAGUUCUUGAAACAUGCUUCUCUUUCUCAUUUCAUAGACAUUCAUAAAGACUUAAUUCUCUUUUCAAAGACAUUCACAUAGACUUAAUUCUCAUUUCACAGGCAUUCACAUAGCCUUCAUUCUCCUUUCAUAGACAUCAUUCUCAUUUUAUGGACUUCAUUCUCAUGUCAUUAACAUAGACUUCAUUUCAUAGGCAUUGACAUAGAUUUUAUUCUCAUAACAUAGACCUGAUUUAAUUUACAAAGACUUAAUUCUCAUUUUAUUAGCAUUGACAUAGACUUCAUUCUCAUUUCAUAUACUUCUUUCUCAUUUUAUUGACAUGUACUUCAUUCUCAUUUAAUAAGCAUUGACAUAGAUUUCAUAGGCAUUGACACAGACUUCAUUCUCAUUUCAUUGCCAUAGACUUUAUUCUCAUUUCAUAGGCAUUGACUUAGACUUCAUUCUCAUUUCAUAUGUAUUGCCAUAGACUUCAUUCUCAUUUCAUAGACUUCAUUCUCAUUUCAUUAACAAAGACUUCAUUUUCAUUUCACAGGCAUUGCCAUAAACUUCAUUCUCAUUUCAUUGACUUCAUUCUCAUUUCAUAGGCAUUUACAUAGACUUAAGUCUCAUUUCAAGUCAAUCACAUAGACUUGAUUCUCAUUUCAUGGACUUCAUUAUAUUUAAUUAACAUAGAUUUCCUAGGCAUUGACAUAGAUUUCAUUCUCAUUUCAUUGACAUAGACUUCAUUCUCAUUUCAAAGACUUUAUCCUCGUUUCAUUGGUAUAGACUAAUUUCUCAUUUCAUAGGCAUUAGCAUAGACUUCAUUUUCAUUUCAAAGGCAUUGACAUAGACUUCAUUCUCAUUUCAUUGACAUAGACUUCAUUCUCAUUUCAUAAGCAUUGACAUAGAUCUCAUUCUCAUUUCAUGAGCAUUGACAUGGAUUUCAUUUCAUUGGCAUUGACAUAGACUUCAUUUCAUUGAUAUAGACUUCAUUUCCAUUUCAUAGACUUCAUUCUUAUUUCAUAGGCAUUUACACAAACUACAUUCUCAUUGCAUAGGCGUUCACAUAGACUUAAGUCUCAUUUCAUAGGCAUUCACUUAAACUUCAUUAUCAUUUCAUAGGUAUUGACAUAGACUUCAUUCUCAUUUCAUAGACUUCAUUCUCAUUUUAUUGCCAUAGACUUCAUUUCUAUUUCAUAGGCAUUGCCAUAUACUUCAUUUUCAUUUCAUUGACUUCAUUAUCAUUUCAUAGGCAUUUACAUAGACUUCAUGCUCAUUUCAUGGACUUCUUAUUUCAUUGGCAAAGACUUGAUUCUCAUUUUAUUAGCAUUUACAUAGACUUCAUUUUCAUUUUAUAGACUUCAUUCUUAUUUCAUAGGCAUUUACACAAAUUACAUUCUCAUUGCAUAGGCGUUCACAUAGACUUAAGUCUCAUUUCAUAGGCAUUCACUUAAACUUCAUUAUCAUUUCAUAGGUAUUGACAUAGACUUCAUUCUCAUUUCAUAGACUUCAUUCUCAUUUCAUAGACUUCAUUCUAAUUUUAUUGCCAUAGACUUUGUGUCUAUUUCAUAGGCAUUGCCAUAUACUUUAUUUUCAUUUCAUAGACUUCAUUAUCAUUUCAUAGGCAUUUACAUAGACUUCAUUUUAAUUUCAUAGACAUUCACUUAUACUUAUUUUCCUUUCAUAGGCAUUCACUUCUUCUUGAUAGGCGAUCUCUUAUACUACAAUCUCAUCACAUAGACUGACCUGAUGUUCAUGAAAACUUAAUUGUAACGGCACAGACUGAGAGGUAUCGUAUAUAUUUUCUCAAAUGUACUUGCCUGAUGUUUAUACAGAUUUCAUUUGCAUCCUGAUAACACACCUGAUAUUCAUAUAGACUGAAUUCAUUUAUUAAUUUAUAUUGAGUAUGUCAUAUUUUGCGUGAUAAAGGCAGUAUUCUCAUCACAACACUGUAAAUUGUCAAAUGUCUUUGAAUAAAGACUUCAUAUUCAUUGUAUAAACAGUACAUCAUCACUAUCUGUGACUAUCUAUGGACUUCAUUCUAAUCAUAUAGACUUAGUAUGUGACCAUAUUCCAAUAUACCGGUAGUGAAAAUUUUACAUAAGACUUCACGUAACUGAUUGUAUACACUGUGAAUACAUUGUAUAGACUGCCAAUGUCAUCGACACUUUAGUAAAGACUUUCUACACAUCUGAUUAUAUGUACUGCAAAUACAGAUUGUAGAAUGCUUAUUAUACCCCCAUUACCAUUGGUAAUGAGGCUAUAUAGGAGUCACUUUGUCGGUUGGUCUGUUCCGAAUUUCAUCAGAUCUUCACCAAACUUGGUCAGAAGUUGUAUCUAGAUGAUGUCUAGGUCAAGUUUGAAUAUGGGUCAUGCCAGGUCAAAAACUAGGUCACGGUCACUUAGUGUGUUUUGAACCGAAAGUUUGUGCGGACCAUAGCUAUGUCAUUUAUAGUUAGAUUUUAAAAUGACUUGGUACAUUUGUUCACCAUCAUGGGACAAUGUGUCGUAUGAAAAAAGUAUCUUGAUACUAUCUCCAAGGUCAAGGUCACACUUGGAGUUCAAAGGUCAAAUGCUUGUCCGGGCCAUAACUUUGUCAUUUAUUGUGAGAUUUUGAAAUCAUGGCAAAUUUGUUCAUCAUUUGACGGUGUGUAACGUGAAAGAAUAACGUUGAUAUCCAAGGUCACACAUUGAGUUCAACGAUCAUUAAUGAGCUUGUCCAGGCCAUAACUAUGUCAUUCAUUGAAAGAUUUUAAAAUCAUUAGGCACAUUUAUUCACCAUCAUUGGACGGUGUGUCGCACGAGAGAAUUAUGUCGAUAUGUCCAUGGUCAAGGUCACACAUUUAGUUAAACGGUCAAAAAUGGCAAUAAAUGAUCUUGUCCGGGCCAUAACUAUGUCAUCCAUUUUGAGAUUUUAAAAUGACUCAGUACAUUAAUUUUGUUCACAGUCAUUGGACGGCGCGUCAUGUGAAAGAAUUCAAGAGUUCAAAGGUCAAAAUGGCUAUAAAUGAUAAUGGCAUAAUAAUUAUUAAAAAUCACCAUAAAUUAGCUUCUCUUGUUUUGUGAAGACAGCAUGCAAAAUAGUCUGUGUUAAUGCAGCAUGUGGGGGUAUACGUCACUUCUGUUACAAAGCUCUAGUAUAUUUUAAAGAGUGGGAAAAUUGUGUAGACUGCCAAUACAUUAUAAUGUCUGCCAAAACAUUCUAUAGACUAAUACAUUUUAUAGAUAGCCAACAUAUUAUAAAGGCUGAAAAUACAUUGUAAAGACUGCAAAUGUCAUCAUUACUUUUGAUAAAGUUCAUUCACAUAAUAUAAACUGUGUAUAUACAUCAUAUAGACUGUGAAUACAGUCAUCAUUUAAAUGGUAUUGUAUUAACUUGUAUUUAUAUGUUACCAUACCCUUCAUAAACUAUAUCUAUAAUCUUUGUAUGUUGUUCAUUAACAUUAAUGUUCAUGCAGUGCUAGUUGACAUUUCAGUUUAGGCUUUUAUUUUUGUGAUACAAAACAUCUACUUUUUAUAUGCCCAUUUUUCAAAACGGGACGUAUUAUAGUUUCAACCUUGACAGGCGGGGGCUUCCACAGCAGUGUCUACUCCCUAUUUUAAAUAGUUUCAUCCUAAUUGAAGUAGUUUUCAUCUGAUCUUCACCAAAGUUUGUCAGAAAUUGAAUCUAGACAAUAUCUAGGUCAAGUUUUAAUGUUUAACAAAUAAUAUUCUACUCUCUAAAUCAAAUGUUCCAUACAAGCAAACACACUAUGGCGGGGAUUUGGCACUACUGUGACAAGCUCUUGUUGAAGUAGUUUUCAUCCGAUCUUUACCAAAUUUGGUCAGAAUUUGUAUUUAGACAAUAUCUAGGUCAAUUUCGAAUAUGGGUCAUGCCGUGUCAAAAAAUAGGUCACCGGGUCAAUAAAUGCAUUUCAAGGAUUUAGCAUGGUGUCCGCUCACUAAUUGAAGUAGUUUUCAUCAGAUCUUCACCAUAUUUGGUCAGAAGUUGUGUCUAAAUGAUGUCCAAAACCUUCAAAUAGGUGUAUCUUGUGACAGUUUGGCACUCUUGUUUCUAUUUUAUUUUGUUAAGCGAUAUAAUAGGGUGCUAAGUAAAUAAUUAAUAGUGAUCUAUUGUGUCGCCAUUGUAGGUAUACUGAUUCUACCAAGUCACACUGAUAAUUGUUGCAAAAAGUCGUCAAACAUUCCUGUUGUGUUUCUGUCUUUAAAUAACAACUCAUUGGCAAUUUUUUAAUCAAUUGAAUAUGAUUAAUACAAUAGUUUACCAAGUGUUUGUUUUGUGAAAAAAGUAUAGAUGUUAGAGGGUAAGUUACAAAAUAAUGAAGCUAUAGGAUGGCAAAGGGUAAAAAAUAUAUGACGUUUAAGAGUGAAACAAUUUAUAGGAACACAAUAUUGGAUAAUUGAAGUUACACAUGUUAACCUUUUACCAAUUAGAUACGUAUUUUCAUACAUUUGUAGUAUCUUAAAAAGUUACAUUUAAUUUUAAGACUUCAUAUUAAACAUUUUAAGGCUUCAUUUCAAACUAGAAAUUCAAACUAGAGAUACUGAUGUGCAGCAAACAGCAUAAAACCUGAACAGACUGGGAGUUACUCGCAGGCUGUUCUGGUUUUAUGCUGUUUGCAUAUAGCCAUUUUCACUGUGCAUCUGAGAGGGAAAGGGUUGAUAGGCAAGUUAAUUGGUAACAUAGAACAAAUAUGUAUUAAAUUGUAAUUGUAGUAAACAAUAAGUAACAUUUAUAUGCCAAAUUAACGAUACUUGUAAAAAAUCAUUCAAAUUAUUGUUUUCAUGAUCUCAAAGUAAUAUUCACAUUUUGGGGAAUAUAUACAUUUUUUCAAUGUAAGAUAAUAUUUUAAUGUAGUUGUGGUUAUUUAUAUCAACAAAUAAUCAAUUAUAAACAUUAAACCGAUAUUUAAAUACAUCAUGUUUGUUCAUGCACUACCAUUAUUAACUCUGAAGUAUCAACCUGCGGGUCAAGUUAUUGUCCCCUACCGGAUCCACCGGAGGGGACUAUUGGUUUGCGCUCUGUGUGUCCGUGAGUAUGUCACACUUUUCUGGAUGCAGUGAUAACUUUAAAAGUUCUUAAUAUUUUUUCAUGAAACUUGAAACAUGGCAAUAUGGACAUUGUGCACGUAAUUUCAUUUUGUUCUUACGUCAAAAAUUCUGGUUGCUAUGGCAACAAAUAUGGGAAAAAAUCUAAAAUUUGUUACAAUGGUGGAGCCGGUAGGGGACAUAUAUUGCUUGGCAAUAGUCUUGUUGUAAAUAAGAUGACCGUUGCUUCAUUUUGUUCAACUUACCUUAGUUCGUUAAAUUGAUUUUUGGUUUAAUACAAAUGACCCGUGCUCCUAAUGAAAGUGAUCUGAAUUGUUUAGAUGCUUCGCAUUUUAUAUUUGUAAUUUUAUUGUCUAAAACUGUAUAAUAAAUCAUUGGAGAACAGUU